UUUUGUUGCAGGUUGUUUAUUUUAGAAAAGCGCGUAUAUUAUACCUAAUUUCUGAUUAUUUUUAUCAUCACUUAAUAAUCAGUGCGUCUACAACAGUGAUAUGGAAAAUUUAGAAAAGAAAACUUUCAUGAUAUUAAUGGGAGAAAUGUUUUUUUCCUCAGAAGAUAUUGUUCAUGUGUUGAAUCACUUGAGAAAAUCGCUCUUAUGUUCACACAAAUUUGUCGUGAAUAUAAAGGAUAUGACGCCCAAAAUUUUAAUGGUGGAACCAUGGAUUUGUAGCUAUGAGAACUUCCAGUUCUUUAAACUUUCCCGUAUGUCAAAGAAAACAUUUAUUGAUUUAGCAGAAAAGAUAGGAAGAAGCGACGAAAAAAAGAUAUUAGCAAAGCCAUAUACAGGUGGUCACUAUCCAGUGAGUUUAUAUGUAUAUGGCCAUAUUUUAAUAUUCUUGUGUUAUAUGGCUACACAGGAUACUUUGUUAAGCAUAGGAACUAGAUUUAAAGUGUCCCCAACAACAGUGAUGAGUAUAACAAAUAAGGUGCUCUACUUCAUGCUAAAACUAAAAUCAGCCUACAUUAAGUUUCCCGAAAAUGAAGCUGAAACGAGAGACAUUAGUGAAGGUUUCAAGGAGUAUCCAGGUAAGUGA